AUGUUCCAUUCGGACACGGCCACGGUGGAGAAGGCGCGGGACUUCUGGGAGCUCUUCGAGGACCACACGGACGGUUUCCCCAACCGGUCCAGAUUGCUGGUGUUCCGUCAGAAGCUGCGAGGCCGCGAGGCUGACCGGUGGUGGAACAACUCGAGGAUCAAGUCGUUCAGAACGCUCAAGGUGCAGUUCCAUAACCAGUUCCUCAGCCGGACGGCUGACGAGCUGUGGGAGCUGCUAGAGAACACGAAGAGGCAGCGCGGAGAGUCCGUGGAGGAGUGGGGUGACCGAGUCUCGGACCUGUGCGAGUCCCUCAACUACCCGAAUCCGCAGAUGCGGUACCAGCUCUUCCGCCGAGGACUGCGGAACAAGCGCAUGCUGGCGACCUUGGACGCGAGUCCCGCGUCGGACAUUCCGGAAGCGUGCGAGCGGAUCAUGUUCAAGGACAUGCACCGUCCGAUCGAGGAGGACGACGAGUUCUCGGACAGCGAGUCCAAGAAGAAGAACAAGAAGUCGGAGGAGGCCCCCGCGACGACUGCGCCAUUCCGGGGCAUUCGGAUGGGCGAUGAUAGUCGCACGCAGGACGGUUCGCCUGUGUGUGGUCGCUGUAACUUCAUGGGAUAUGGUCGCGCCACAUGCAAGCGCGCGUCGAUGAGUUGCAGGCGCUGUGGCGCGUUUGGUCAUAUCGCGGUCGAGUGUGACAGGCCC